AUGACAUAUCUAUCAGCAGAGGUGUCAAUGCUCCACAGAGCAGAUGGCUCAGCACGAUACUCGGCGGCAGGAUACACAGUCGUGGCGGCUGUAAAUGGACCCAUCGAAGUAGGGCGUCGUGAUGAGCUGCCUCAGCAUGCCGCUCUUGAAGUCAACGUGCGCCCUGCUGUUGGUGUGGGCAGUCCCAAAGAACGCCAUCUCGAAUCGCUCAUCAACUCGACUCUCCGCGACAUCGUCCUAACCCACAUGCACCCGCGUACCAUGAUCCAGUUGACCCUGCAAAUCAUCAAGACUCCAGAACAAGAGAACACUCUCCCAGCUUCUUUCGCUCUGUCACCUCUCCCAGCUCUCCUCAAUGCCUCCCUCCUCGCUUUCAUCAGCGGCAGUAUCCCCUUGGCUACAACACUCACUUCAACUCUCUUGGCCGUCUCUCCUUCGGGCGACCUCUCUAUUAACCCCACACCCAAAAUACUGCUCCAAGCUUCUUCUGCUCAUGUAUUCGCCUUCUCAUCAACUGGAAACCUUCUCCUCGACCUCAGCGAAGGAGAGUUCGAUCUGGACACCUGGGAAAAGGCACAUGACAAGGCCAAGGAGGAAUGCUGUAAGGAGCAGGUCUCGGAAGACGCCAUGGAAGAGGGCAAGCCGAGCUUACAGACCUUUGUGGAACGUGUUGUUGAGGGAAGGGUAGAGAAGGAGAGAGCUUGGAAGAAUGACUAA